CUUUUUUCUCCACUGUCAUUUUUAAAUCUCAGUGGAAAAUUAAAUUAUAAUCAUGAUAAAAUUUUUCAUUAUUAGUGUCUUUAUUACUCCAAUAAUUGCAAAUACGGAGGGAAAUCUCGAUUCGAGAGUAAUCGGUGGUGAAAGAGUUGAAAUAACCCAAGUACCAUAUCAAGUGAGCGUACAAAAAUACACGAGACAUCAUUGCGGUGGAAGUAUAAUAUCAAAAAAUUUCAUUCUCACGGCAGCGCACUGUGUUUUGGAAUUAAAACCAAAAAUUUACAGGAUACGCGCUGGUACGACAAAUUGCAAUGAUGGUGGCACUUUACAUCAAGUUGUGAAUAUAAUAAGACACAAUAUUAGCUUCAGUGAGAAUGGUUUUCCCUAUAAUGACAUUGCCCUAUUAGAGGUGAGACCAAAUUUAAAAUUUGACACGACACGAAAAUCGAUUACUCUCAAUGCAAUGAGAAAAGAAAUUCCCGAUGGUAGUGAAGCACUUGUCAGUGGUUGGGGUCGUACUCGUACCACCGCAACGCCAAUUUAUCUCGAAGCGGUCAAUGUGCCGGUGUUAAAUUUAAAAGACUGUAAAAAGGCGUACGCGAUAUUGGGAAAAUUGCCGAAAGGUCAAAUUUGCACUAUGGAUAUUGAAGGUGGUAAAGAUUCAUGUCAGGGCGAUUCCGGCGGUCCAUUGGCAUUCAAUGAUCAAUUGAUUGGUAUUGUUUCCUGGGGAAGUGGUUGUGGCGUGAUUGGUAAUCCCGGAGUUUAUACCGAGGUCGCUUACUUCGCCGAUUGGAUUCGACAGAAUUUUGUCAGUAAAGUGUCUUUCACCAAAUCAAACAUGUUCAGAAUUCUCGUGAGUCUCUUUCUAUUGACGUUUGUCCCUGCGAGUCUAACUCGAGAUUUGGAUGGAAGGAUAAUUGGCGGCAGGGAAAUUCCAAUUGAAUUGGUACCCUAUCAAGUGAGCCUGUUCGUGGGAAAAAUAUUCUUCUGCGGCGGUAGUAUAAUAUCAAAAGAUUAUGUCCUCACGGCAAAACAUUGCAUCACCAAUAGAGAUCCAAAAAAUUUUUACAUUCGCUCUGGAAGUGCUGAGGUCGAUCGUAAUGUGACUAUCCAUAAAACAUUGAGAUUCAUCACAUACAAACCAAAGGUCACAUCAAAAUUAAUUCCCGAUAUUGCCCUAAUUCAAGUGUACCCGCCAUUUGAAUUUAAUUCCAGACAAGCGUCAAUUGAAAUUUUCCAUUCAAAGGAAGAAGUUUCAGCGGGAAGUGUUGCAUUUGUCACUGGAUGGGGUAAUACGUCGCCUCGCUUUAGAAGUAAACCAAAUACAUUGCAAGGUGUAUUGGUACCAAUGAUCAGUAAGGAGACAUGCAAUAAGGCGUACAAAUUUCGUGGUGGAAUUGCUGACGGUGAAAUUUGUGCCGUUCAUCCUGAUGGUGGUAAGGAUGCUUGCCAAGGUGAUUCUGGUGGUCCAUUGGCUAUUAAUGGAAGAUUAGCUGGAAUUGUUUCAUGGGGUAUUGGUUGUGCGAGAAAAGAAUAUCCCGGUGUUUAUGUUGAGGUUGCUCAUUAUGCCGAAUGGAUUAGGGAUAAUAUUGGUGAAUGCUGCGAACUGUAUUUCCGUCCUCAACAUAACAGAAUUUAUCGUCCGCAACCGAGGUUCACAAUAUCACUCAACACACGAAUAUUUUCCCAGUUUGAAAAUUAUUUGUUGGACAAAAUGUUAAAGUUUCUGUUAAUAAUUGGUUUAUUUCACAUUUUUGCAAAUGCGAUGGAGAUUACUUACGAUUAUAGUGAAAGAAUAGUCAAUGGUUAUGACAUUAAAAUCGAAGAAGUACCAUAUCAAGUUGGUAUAUUUUAUAAAAAUUUAUUUGCCUGCGGUGGUUCAAUAAUUGCUGAUAAAUUUAUUUUAACAGCAGCCCAUUGUCUUGGCAAUGAUAAAUUAAUGAUACACGCCGGAUCAAGUAAAUUGAAGAAGGGCGGUAGUUAUCAUACGUCAGUUAAUGUGACAGUACACGAAAAUUAUAAUCAAGAUACUUAUCAAUAUGAUAUUGGUCUGAUUGAAAUUCAUCCCUUAUUGCCAUAUGACGAGACACGUAAACCAAUUAAACUAUUAAAAGAUCCCACGCUCUUAAAAGAGGGCGAUAUGGCUUUGAUCACUGGCUGGGGAACUGAUUCUGAGGGUGGUGAAAUUGCCACAUAUCUUCAAGCAGUACAAGUGCCAAUAAUAAGCCAUAAAUCGUGCAGAAAACAAUAUGGCAUUGAGAGUGAAAUUAAUGAGAGGCAAAUAUGCGCUGGCUAUCCAGAGGGCAAGAAGGAUAGUUGUCAAGGUGAUUCCGGUGGUCCAUUGGUUGUUCGUGAUCAACUUGCCGGUAUUGUAUCCUGGGGCAAGGGUUGUGCGAGAGCUGGACUUCCGGGCGUUUAUACCAAUGUUGCUCAUUACAUUGAUUGGAUCGAGAAACAUACUGGUAAAAGAUUUCAUUCGAAUCCAACGAAUCGAUUCGAUGGAAAAAUUGUUGGCGGUCGUGACAUUGACAUCACAAUUGUACCACAUCAAGUGAGUCUAUUUAGAAGUGGAAUAUUUUUAUGCGGUGGUUCAAUAAUUUCGGAAAAUUACAUUCUCACUGCUGGACAUUGCGCGACUGGUUCUUCCUAUACAGUAAGAGCCGGUUCUAAUUACAUCGGCAAAAAUGGUACCGAACACGAAGUUACAGAGGUAAUACGUCACGAAAAUUAUGGAACAAAUAAAUAUGGAAUAAUCAACAAUGACAUUGCUCUAAUGAAAGUUGAACCACCGUUUGAAUUUGAUGGAACGCGAAAACCAGUUUCCUUAAUGCAAAAAGGUGCAACAUUAGCUGCCGGUCAUCGUGGUUUAGUCACUGGCUGGGGAAGACUCACUGAAGGUGGUUCAGCGCCAAAACAACUUCAAGGCGUCAGUGUACCAUUAAUCAGUAAGGAAUCAUGCCGUGAGCAAUAUUCAUUUAUCGGCGAUUUGCCCGAGGGUCAAAUUUGUGCCGCAUACCCUCAAGGUGGAAAGGACGCUUGUCAAGGUGAUUCCGGUGGUCCCUUUGUUGUUGACGGUUAUUUGGCUGGUAUUGUGUCGUGGGGUGUUGGUUGUGCCAGACCAUCGAUGCCCGGUGUCUACACUGAGGUCUCGUAUUUCAGAGAUUGGAUCAAGGAACACAGUCAACUAUAAGAUCUUUUCCCCUUUCUUCCCAUAUGAACAAACUAUAGACGUAUACCAAAGUGAAAAAAAAUUCAAGUACAAAAUACAAAAAAGUAGUUUUAGGCUCA